CCUCUACACCUGCAGGUCUCCUCUCUAGGCAGUGGGAACGACCAUGUGAUGGAUGCUGUGUCACAGUGUGAGCAGUAUGCUAAGGAGCAGGGAGCUCAGGAGAGGAACGCUCCAUGGAGGCUGUUCUUCAGGAAGGAAAUAUUCACUCCGUGGCACAAUCCUCUAGAAGAUCAGGUGGCCACCAACCUCAUCUACCAACAAAUUGUCAGAGGGGUCAAAUUCGGAGAAUACCGCUGUGAUCGGGAUGACCUGGCAGAUCUGGCCUCGCAGCAGUAUUACAUCGAUUAUGGCUCAGAGAUCCUUUUGGAACGCCUGCUGAGCCUCAUACCAUCCUACAUCCCAGACAGAGAAAUCGGAACCUCCAAGUCAGUGGAGAAGUGGGCUCAUUUUAUCAUGGCGGCCCACAAAAAGGGUGUCUACGCCCAGAAAAGGUUUGACCCCCAGAAGGUGAAACAAGAAGUGGUGGAGUUUGCCCGCCACAAGUGGCCGCUGCUGUUCUCUCGUUUUUAUGAAGCCUUCAAGUUCUCAGGUCCAAGUCUGCCUAAAAACGAGCUGAUUGUGGCUGUGAACUGGACCGGGGUUUACUUUGUAGAUGAGCAGGAGCAGGUCCUCCUAGAACUCUCCUUCCCAGAAAUCACUGCAAUUUCCAGCAGCAGAGGAGGGAAACUGCAGAGUCAGAGUUUCACUCUGGCCACCAUCAAGGGAGAAGAGUACACCUUCACCUCCAACAACGCAGAAGACAUCCGGGACUUGGUGGUGACACUGCUGGAAGGCCUCAGGCAGAGGUCAAAGUUUGUUGUUGCCCUACAGGACUACUCUAACUCUGCUGGUGACGAGUCAACGUUUCUGAGCUUCCUGAAGGGAGACCUGAUCUUGCUGAAUCAGGAAAUCGGAGAGCAGGUCCUCACCUCUGGUUGGGCACAUGGGAUCAAUGAACGGACCAAUCAGAGAGGAGAUUUCCCAGCUGACUGUGUUUAUGUCCUGCCCUCCAUGACCCGACCGCAGCCAGAAGUGGUGGUGCUGGUCACCAUGACACCAGACCAGCGGCAGGAGUCGGUCCGUGUUUCCCAGGUCAUCCUGCCGGAAAAAGAGGAAAGGCAGACUCCCUACACUCUGGAGGAGUUCUCCUACGACUACUUCAGACCUCCUCCCAAACACACUCUGAGCAGAGUCAUGGUCACAAAGAAUCGUGGGAAAGACAAGCUGUGGAGCUGCUCCAGAGAGCCGCUCAAACAGCCGCUCUUGAAGAAAGUGGUCAACCAUGAGGAGCUUUCUCAGGAGGCCUGCAUGGCCUUCAUCGCCAUCAUGAAGUACAUGGGCGACUACCCGUCCAGAAGGACACGCGCCGUCAACGACCUCACAGACCAGAUCUUUGAAGGAGCUCUGAAGGAUGAACCACUGAAGGAUGAGAUUGUCUGUCAGAUCAUCAAGCAGCUGACUGACAACCAUGUCAAGUACAGUGAGGAGAAAGGCUGGGAGCUGCUGUGGUUGUGUACUGGGCUGUUCCCUCCCAGUAACGUGCUGCUGCCUCAUGUCCAGCGUUUCCUCCAGUCCAAGAAACACCACCCACUCUCUGGAGACUGCAUGCAGAGGCUCCACAAAGCUCUACGCAACGGCUCCAGGAAGUAUCCCCCUCAUGUGGUGGAGGUGGAGGCCAUCCAGCAUAAAACAACACAAAUCUUUCACAAGGUUUACUUCCCUGACGACACCGACGAGGCGUUCGAGGUGGAGUCCAGCACCAGAGCCAGGGAUUUCUGCCAGAACAUCUCAGCCAGACUGCUGCUGAAAUCUCCUGAAGGCUUCAGCCUCUUUGUGAAGAUCUCGGACAAGGUCAUCAGCGUACCAGAGGCAGAUUUCUUCUUCGACUUUGUCAGACACCUAACAGACUGGAUCAAGAAAUCCCGACCAGCCAAAGAAGGAAUUGUUCCCUUUUUGACGUAUCAGGUGUUCUUCAUGAAGAAGUUGUGGACCAGCACAGUUCCAGGAAAGGAUUCCUUCGCCGACUCCAUUUUCCACUACUAUCAGGAACUACCCAAAUAUUUGCGCGGCUACCACAAAUGUUCACGAGAAGAAGUGUUUCAGCUUGCAGCUCUCAUCUAUCGUGUCAAGUUUGAAGACGACAAGUCUCACUUUCCUACCAUUCCCAAGAUGCUGCGAGAGCUGAUUCCCCAGGACCUCAUCCGCCAGAUGUCAUCAGACGAAUGGAAGAGGUCUGUAGUCGCCUACUUCAACAAGCAGGCGGGGAAAUCCAGAGAAGAGGCCAAGCUUCUGUUCCUGAAGAUCAUCUACAAAUGGCCCACCUUUGGCUCCGCCUUCUUUGAGGUUAAGCAAACCACAGACCCAAACUACCCCGAGAUCCUGCUGAUCGCCAUCAACAAACAUGGCGUCAGCCUCAUCGACCCAAAGACCAAGGACAUCUUGACCACCCACCCCUUCACCAAGAUCUCCAACUGGAGCAGCGGGAACACCUACUUCCACGUCACCAUCGGAAACCUGGUCAGAGGAAGCAAACUGCUGUGUGAGACGUCGCUGGGCUACAAGAUGGACGACCUUUUGACCUCCUACAUCAGUCAGAUGCUGACCAACAUGAACAAGCAGCGGUCUGGGCGGGGUCAGGGCAAGUGAAAUUCUUAUUGGCAGGAGGCCUUUGAGCUCAUCCGCCUGCUGCGUCCUAUUGGUCAGUAUUGCAGUUGGGGGCGGACUUUCGCCCACCAGCUGUGGUGGAUGAGUCGCAGUCCUUCUGCUAGUUCAUUGGAGUCAGAUGUCACAGAGAGCAGCGACCCCGGAGAAGGCCCCAGUAACCCCACCCACCAAAAAUAUGAUGAAGAUGAAGAUGAGCUCUCCAGUGAGGAUGACUACCUUUGAAAUGCUAACCAUGGUUCAACCAAUCAGCUGUAGGAAGCUCAUCACUGCGGUUAUUGGUUCAUUUGAAGACAUUCCAUAAAACACUGGCAUCAAUAUAAAGUGAGAUAUAACACACACACACACACACACACACACACACACACACACACACACACACACACAGAAAGAAGAACUCUCUCCUGCUGCAUCAGCGACAGCUGCUGUUACAGAGGUUGGGAUUUAAACGGGAUCAUACGCAGGAACGGAAGUGAUCAAUGCUCUUGUGUCUGAAUGUCCGGUUAACGGAGUCGAUUGUUUGUCAGCUCUUUAUUUUUCAUGUUUGGUUGCGCUAAGAUGAGCUCCAGGUUUCAUGUACACUAGAUGUCGGCGUAGUUUGGUUGUGCAGGGAUGUGUGAGGUAGUACUCGAUGGGGGAACACUACUGUUUAGUAACUACUACAGGGAGAAGAGCCCACAGACACAAGGAAAGGCUGGGUCUCACGGACGGGGCUAUAAAACUAUUUUCUAAUCCUCUCUGCCUUACACCUCCAAUCACACAUGCCGAGUUUUGACUAUCUAUAUACUUUGAGAUUUGUUAGCUUGUAAAAAUUUAUAAAUUAAAUGACUACAACUACAAGCGUGAGGUCGAUAGGCAGGUUGCUGCAUCUGCAGUGAUGCGGGCGUUGUACCGGCCUGUCGUGGUGAAGAGAGAGCUGAGUCAGAAGGUGAAGCUCUCGAUUUACCGGUGGAUCUACGUUCCUACCCUCACCUAUGGUCACAAGCUUUGGGUAGAGACCGAAAGAACGAGAUCACGGAUACAAGCAGCUGUAAGGAGUUUUCUCUGCAGGGUGGCUGGGCUCUCCCUUAGAGAUAGGGUGAGAAGCUCGGUCAUCCGGGAGGGGCUCGGAGUAGACCUGCUGCUCCUCCACAUGGAGAGGAGCCAGUUGAGGUGGCUCGGGCAUCUGGUCAGGAUGCCUCCUGGACGCCUCCCUGGUGAGGUUUUCCGGGCACGUCCAACCGGGAGGAGACCUAAAGGUAGACCCAGGACACGGUGGAGGGACUAUGUCUCUCACCUGGACAGGGAACACCUUGGGAUUCCCCCGGAGGAGCUGGCCCAAGUGGCUGGGGAGAGGGAAGUCUGGGCCUCUUGACUUAGGCUGCUGCCCCCGCGACUCCAGAUAAGCGAAAGAAAAUGGAUGGAUGACUACAAAUCAGACGUGGCAUAUAUGAUGUCACAGCAGAAUCUCCUCUCCCCAGCGUAGCUGCUACUUACCACGUGACCAGAUUCAUAGUGGUCCACGUUUAAAGCUCCUGUUGUCCCUGAAGAAGGAUGUGAAGCUCGCUAAACUCAUCUCCUCCUCUCCGUGUCUGGCUUGAUGAGGUCAGUAUGGUGAAACAUUUGCAUCCUGGAUACAUUUCCACACAAAACCCUCAAAUAACUUUAGCUGCCAUCUGAAAUAAGCACUUUCUUAGUAAUGAAAUGGGCCUUUAAGGUUCAGACAUCGUAUGUGAAAUGGUACACCUAACAAAUGGGAUCAGAAAAUAGCUUUUAUAGCCCCAUGGCCAGUGGUCUGGAAGACGAUGGGCGGAGCUUCGACUCUCUGUAGGCCAGAAGUCACUAAAACACUGGUGCUCUAUCUGGUGUCGUGUCUUCCACUAGGGUUGACCUCUAACCCUUUAAUAAAGGUCAUCUGCAUGUAACACUGGAGUCUGGUGUCUGCACACUUGGACCUUUAGUGAAGCCUGUCUUUAUUUAAAUGUGAAAACUUUAUUGCUUUGUUAAAAGUUUCAUCAUUGUCAUUUAAAACUGUUUAAAUCUCCAGUUUGUUUUUUUGAGAAAUGACAAGACAAACGUGGACCACACGAGUCAACACCCGCUAACCUUAACAGCUUCUGUAAAACACAUGCGCAGGAAAAGACGCAGCACUGCAUCAACACCAGACUCGUUCAACAGAACAAAUAAAGCGGGGCAGUCGUAACGCGUAGCCUGGAUGAGAUCUGCUACCAUACUCUCAACAGGAACACAGACUCAGAGCUAAGCACAAACGUUAAUGAUGUUACACAAUGUUAGCUAGUCUGCAUUAGCUAACAACGUUCUUUAACUAGCUCAGCAUGUGAGGACAGAAACCUCCACGAACAUUCCCCACAUCCAGCAACACUUUGGGUUUUAGAUGUAAAGUACAAUGAAUGUUCUUGCUAGUUGGGAAGCACGUUGUCUCUGUGUCGAACAUGUGCUGUAUCAAUAAAGCUGCCUUCCCCAAAGUUACAGUUUUCCUGAAUUUCCUGUUUCUUAAAAAGCUGAUUUGUGUUUGUUUAGCAAAAACAAACAGCUAAUUGCUAAAACUCUAAAUAAUCUCUACAGUACAAACAGAUCUAAUAAGUAUCAUCACUUCCUGUUCUCUGGAGAUUCACCAGUACCUGAACCUGCAUCACCUACGUGUUUCCUAACUCAUCCUUGUUCGUGUGAGGAGCUGCAGGUGCCCACAUAACUUUUUGUUCCUACCAGCAGAUUAAAUCUGGAGGUUUUCCUUCUUUUUUCUUCCAAAAAAAACCCCAACAUAGAAGGAAAGCAACAAAACAAUUUCAUCUUUGUAGGCGUGGUGAGAUGUUUCACCCUCUCCACACUGGCGCUGCACGUUGGGUACCGACUGAGGGGCGGGGCAGAGGGAAUAAGGGGAGAUGGACUGCUGCUUGUGUCUUUGUUCUUCUGUCAGCUGCUGUGUGGCACAAGUGCAGCUAAAUCAGUCUGAUUUUUCCUUUUGAAUGAUCCCAGUGUAAGCUGAGCUGGAGAGUACCUGCUAGGUGUUUCUGAAGAGCUCAGUCAUGCAGGCUGCUAACCCACAAAACAAGAGAACAAGAAAAACCCUUCAAAUCUCCCUGUUCCUUUGAAUGUUUACAUUCAUUCAAACCACAUUUCUUUUAUCUAGUUUUCUGUACCUGUAUCAGCUGAUGAUGAUCUAACACUGAAUACUGAACAUACUUUCUAUCUGGAGGCUACGUUCCCAUCACUCCUCUGUGAUAGUGGGCAGGUAAGGGGCUAAGGGUGAACUGGGAGAGCUGUGUUGGUCGAACCGAACGUUGAUGCUGGAUAUGGACCACACGUCGCUCAGACAGACAGACAGACAGACAGACAGACAGACAGACAGACAGACAGACAGAUAGACAGAUAGACAGAUAGACAGAUAGAUAGAUAGAUAGAUAGAUAGAUAGAUAGAUAGAUAGAUAGAUAGAUAGAGUUUCAGUGCUGUGAUACUCUCUAAAACCAGACUGAAAUUCCUCAAACAGAGCAUUAGUGUUUAAAUGCUGACAUACUUGGAUGGCCACUAUUUUCUCCAGGACUUUGGAUAAAAAUGGAAGGUUAGAUAUUGGUCUAUAAUUCAUUGGGUCAUCUGGAUCCAGAGAAGGCUUCUUAAGUGAAGGUUUAAUUACAACAACCUUAAAAUCCUGUGGUACAUACCCAUUUACUAAGGAUAGAUUGGUUAUAUCUAGAAUGGGGGCAGUAACCAAAGGAAAUGCUUCUUUAAAUAAUUUGGUUGGGAUUGGAUCCAAAAUGCAAGUUGAAGGUUUAGAUGAAACUAAUAUUUUUGAUAACUCUGAAAGCUCAACUGGAUCAAAACGGUUCAAGCACAGAUGAGGUUCUACAGUCACCUCUGAUGCUGCCUCACUUACUGAGGAAGAAGAAAUCGCAUUAGGGAGGAUGCUAAAGAUUUUGUUUCUAAUAGAAUUAAUUUUACUUGUAAAAAAUCCCAUGAAGUCAUUGCUGCUGAGGGCUAAGGGAAUAGAUGGCUCAGAGCUAUGAUUCUGUGUAAGUUUAGCAACUGUACUGAAAAGAAAUUUAGGAUUAUGCUUAUUCUCCUCAAUUAGCGAUGAAAAAUAAGCAGUUCUGGCUUGUGGAAGCUUAUUUUUAUAAAGCACAAGACUAUUUUUCCAGGAUAGGUAGGCCUCCUCAUGGUGCGUAGAGCGCCAUGUUCUCUCCAAUUUUCUAGAGUUUUGUUUUAAAGUUCAUAAAUGAGAAUUAAACCAUUGAAUCAACAUAAUUUUGCACCUAAAUUUAAUAUAGAACCUAUAUUGGUUUAUUAACUAUAGACCAAUGCCUUUACAAUUAUAUUUCAAUUAACAUAAAUAUUAAAAUAUCAAAAUGUCAACACAACUACAGAUCAAUGCAUUUUCACUUAUAUUUCAGUUAAGAGAAAUUAUUACAAUAUAAUGUUGUUUCUGACAGGAUUCAUCGGUUUUGAAACAUUCAACAUCUAGUUUGCAUCAAAAUUUCAAUGUCAACCAUUCUGAUGAUUCAGAUGGAAAAUCAAUAUUGUUUCAAUAUAAGCCUGCUAUCUGGGUAUGGCUUAAAAUCCUAUCACAGUGUGACUUGCAGCAGAACAAACACUUGUAAAAGGUGUAGAAGGCCAUUUAAAGAUCAUUUAAUGAUCCAAAAACACAAAACCUUUCAAGUAGUUUUCAUGUUGUUUUCUGAUUCAUUCUCCAAACAAUGCAACACAAACAUCUUCAUAAAAUACAAGCUAAAUGUGAUUAAAGCACAAAAUAAUAAAUUGUUUAAGCUGAAAUGAAAAUUGUAAAAACAGAAAUAAUAUUUCUUCCUACUUUUCUGAACCAUUUAAUCACUUUUCAUGUUUUUCAUUUUAACAUAGAAGUUAAGUGUUGCUUCAGUGAGGAUAGCUAAAAGUAAAAUGAUGUAUUUUGGUUGUCAAUAUUAAAUAAGGUUGGAAGUUUAUUCUCUUUCUCUGAUGAGUGACGCUCUGAUCAGCGGGUCUGAGGUUAUUAGACAUCAGACAGACGUGCAACCUCGUGGCUCGUCUCUUAAUUGCUUGCUGAGUGUGCCAAGAAAAAUGCCCCCUUAGCAACAACGGACGGAACUAUAGAAAAGGUUCCCAUCUAAUUGCACAGUUAACACAAAUACACAUUUAAACAUAUAAAUCUGAUGAACAGAACAUGAAUUACUAUUGAAAUAUUAUUUCUCAAUCUUUCAACUACUAAUUGUUUCAACAUUAAAUCCAAUAAAAUGAACUUAAAUGCGAGAGUUGCCUUUGACGGCAGCUACUCCCACCAAUCACUUGUGAUUUUACCCAUGAACGUAUGACAAGUCUUUUCUCACUGUAUCUGCACAUUCUUCUUCCGGCAGCGAAUUAAGUACUUGCUUACUGUUUGAAACGACCCAAACCCAACAAAUAGAAUUUUUACAUCCACAUGUAAAAUAAACACACGUCAGGAAAUAAAGUGUGAUACAAAUCAUAACCAUGCCUCAACACAUCCAUUGUAAAUAAUACUCAUAGCUUCUAAAACCCUGGAUGAACUACUCAGACUCCAGUGUCUAUCUAAACAUUGUUUUGUUGGAAUACUAACAGGGAACGCCCUCAUCCCAACUAAAAACCCACAUGCUACGCCUGCUGUUCUGUCUGCACCACAUGGUCUGAACACUGACUUCCUGGUUCUCUUAAAGAGACAACACACACAUAAACGAAAGUUGUGGCAGAGCCAGAACAGAGUCAGUUUAAAGAAUGAUUCAGAAAGCAGAGGAGAGACAGGACGUUAGGAAAUAAGCUCAUUUAAAAAGUAAAAUCUCAUUACUGAACACCCAGAAUUACAUCCAACAGUCCAGUCCUCGAGGGCCGGUGUCCUGCAUAUUUUUGUUUCCCCAUUCUAACACAGUUGACUCACCUGAGCAGCAGCCUGUUAAUCUCCAGGGGCCUCAUUCAUCAAGCUUGCUUACGCACAAAACAGGGUCGGAAAACUGCGUGAGCAACUUUCCACACAAACUUUGGGAUUUAUGAAAGAAAACUUAGCGGAAAAAUGUGCGCAACUUUAAGUUGACUAAGGACCUGACUUACACCAUAGACUGUAAAUACUGGACAAUUCGAUUCCAUAGGCUCCGAUAACACGUUUGUUGUCUAUAAUGGGAGGUGGCCACCACCGCCAUUUUGACCGUGUCACAGGUUCCGUCCAGCCCAGACAAUUCCAUAAAAGGGAAGAGAGGAGGAGCUGAGCGUGGGGCUGUAAGGCUGGGAUCGAGUGACACCCAGGCGAACUAGCUACGAGCUAACCUGAAGCUAACCCUGGCUAACCCAAAGCUAACUCGGAGGUGGGAGCCGAGCUAAUGGAUGUAGCCACCUAGCUUCAACCCUACCGGAGCUAACUGUGGAACACCCAUCGACCUGAACCUCACACGAAGUUUAGGUGGAGGUUUUCGGCGCCUGUUCGUGAAAAGUACCUGGAUUAAAAAAGUAUUGAAUCGGUAAGUUUAUAAUUUAUUUCCGUAAUGAAAACAUUUUGCUUUGAGCAAGUUUUCAGUACCAUAUCUUCCGGGCUAUCGCUCCUGAUUCGCACCAGCCAUUAAAUGUAUAAUGAAGAAGAGAAAAUAUAUUUAAGUCGUAUUUUGGGGGGACAUUUUAUUAUCUUUCUUUCAAAAUCUGAGACCAAGCGUUUCACAUUGCAACACAAUUAAGCACCGGUAACCAUAACAGAAUGAACAACAGCCAGCAGAGGAGAGGAUGGCGGUGUUUCCAACCCUCCCGGCCGGCGAGGAGAGCUCAUUCCUGGGCUGGAGCCGGCCCUCAGCACCCCGCCACAGGCUCUAACAGAUGCUGGCGGUGUUUCAUAUAUUUCCAAAACGUAAUACUUGUUUGUAUCUUGUACAGCCAACUAGUCUUUAUUCUGGACUCAGUACAAUUCACCAAAAGUAAAGAGACAUUAUACAGAUGAAGUAAGCACCAGAUAACUUACUGGAAGUAACGGAAUUAUCAUGAGAACCAGAACAGCCUGAUAACAGUCAUGUGAAAAUAACAGUUAAAAAGUAUGUAUGUGUAAUAGAAAUAAAAAUAUAUUAGAAUUAGUGUAACUCACUGUGAUCCAAACAAUAAAUCUGCCAUAGCUGAUUGAAAUGAGGUCUGGGAGUUUUUAAGUUUCAUUCUUUUAUUACAUUUUUUUCUUAGAUCUGUUAAAAGGUCACCAUGGCAACCUGUGUGUCUCCAACAUCAGCUACACAACGCAGCAAGUGUAAGUUCCAUAUACCCGUCUUGACCACUUCAUGUAUGGUUUUGUACUUUAAACAAUUAUGACAAACCUGUUAUUUUUUCUCCAUAGCCAUUUGGAUUAUUGGAGACAGCUACGUGAGGCGGGGUGCCCAGAGAGCUGCAGAGACCCUCUGCCUCCCUGACGUCUGUGUCUCCUGGUUCGGUUGGGGCGGUCUGAGGUGGAAAGACCUUCUCCCCUUUUUUCACUCCCGGCAUGGAAGAGCAGCUCCGGAUGUCAUCAUUCACUGCGGCGGCAAUGACAUGGGGGUGGUCAGCAGUGUGAAGCUGGUCAACAUGAAGGAGGACCUGCACCGGCUUCACCUUCUCCACCCUCAUAUGACCAUCAUCAUGUCGUCCAUCACCCAAAGGCGUAGAUGGAGGGCAGGUGUAAAACCUGCCAAAAUUGAGAAGGCCCGGAGGUUCGUCAGCAGUGUAAUGGCUACUUUUAUUUCUAGUUUAAAUGGUGCUGUUGUGCAUCCUCACAUCAGACAUGACAGUCCAGGGAUAUUUGUCAGACAGAGUUCAUUUCACUAAUAGGGGAAAUGAUAUUUUUUAACUAAUAUUGCCGAUUGUCUUAAAGGCCAGCUCCAAAAGCAGUGAAAGACUUCCAGGUGGGAGUCUCGCUGCUUUUGAAUUUGGCCUUUAGGACAGAUUUAUUUUCAGGCAAACAGGAUAAACAUAUCCCUGACUGCUAUAGCUAAUGUGUUGAUGAUGUAAUUUAUCUGUAGCCAUAACACUGUUGAACUGUUCUUCCUUCAAACGACAACGUUACACUCACUCUGCAGCUCUCUGGGCCCAGGUUUGUUUGUUUUUUAUUGUGCCGACACUUUGUGCCCUGUGUUAUAAAACGUAGUGUUAAAAAUAAAUGUUUUUGCUCAAUUACUGGAAUUUCUUUGGUUAAGACUAGAAAGUGAGGAAUAAUCAUUUACAAGUUAUUUGUACAACAGGCCCAUUUUAAAUCCCAACAGUUUCUUAGACAAUAGAAAUGUGUUCUUUACUAACUUUACUUGGUUUAAAAAUCCUGUUUGAAGGUACUUAACC